AUGAACUCACCUAAUCCGCGAACAACCUCCAUUACAGUCGUUGGUAGCGGCUCUUGGGGAACAGCAAUCGGUGCUUGGCUUGCUCGCAAUGGUCACGACGUACGAAUUUGGGAUAUUGAUACCUCAGUAAUUGACGAUAUCAAUGCCACACAUUGUAACAACCGGUAUCUACCCGAUUGUAAAUUGCCCGAGAAUCUGGUUGGAUAUCGAGCGCUGGAAUCCGCUAUGACCGAUUGUUCGACUGUUGUACUAGCAGUCCCAAGCCGAGUUUUUGAGACUGCACUCCUGAAUGUCACAUCUCACCUUGACAGAAUGGAUUCAAGCAACACUCCAACAAUUGUGUGGGGAACAAAGGGAUUCGCUCAGAAAACUGGUGAACUCUUGAGUCAUGUCGCAGAGCGUGUACUCGGAGACACGGCAGUUACAGCGGCUAUUUCAGGUCCAAGUUUCGCAUAUGAGGUUGUGAGAGGAAUUCCGGCCGGCUUUGAUCUGGCGUCAAAGUCGAGUGAGAGGAUCGAAUCCAUCGCCGACCUUUUUCGCAGCGAAAACAUUCUGGUCUAUACAACUUCGGAUAUCAUCGGCGUUCAGGUUGGCGGCGCAACCAAGAACGUAAUCGCGAUCGCGGCAGGAAUCUCAGAUGGUCUCGGCUUCGGCAUCAAUGCCCGCGCUUUGCUCAUCACGCGCGGACUUGCUGAAAUGAAUCGCCUGAAUGUCGCUCUAGGCGGCAGUGCCGAGACAAUGAUGGGGCUGUCCGGACUUGGAGAUCUGGUUUUAACCUGUUCUGGUGAUCUGUCGCGAAACCGCAGGCUGGGGCUCGGUUUGGGACAAGGUAAACCUAUUGACGAGAUCGUUGAGGAAAUCGGCCAGGAAGUGGAAGGCAUUCAAUCUACACGGGAAACGUACCAAAUCGGCAAAAAGAUGGACGUUUUCAUGCCUAUGACUGAGUGCAUGUAUCGCAUACUAUAUGAGGGAUUGUCGCCUCUUCAGGCUGCUACCGAACUCAUGGCAAUCGGUCCGAGCCUCAAAUGA